CGUCGCGUCGGACGCGAAUCCGAUUUAGGCAUUUGCUUGAUAGGUUCAUUUCGAAACCAUGGCGCCGUUGGUAGCAAUCGCUGGUAUUCUGACUUCCUGUUUACUGCUUGGCUGUACAGAAGCUCAACUCACCGGAGAGCCAUGCAACCAAGCUCUUGGAAUGGAAUCAGGGGCCAUAUCUGACUCAAUGAUUACAGCCUCAAGCAGUUUUAGUGAUCGUCGAAGCCCUCGCUAUGCACGCCUCCACCAGAGAGAUGGUGAUGGUGGUUGGACAGCUAACCCAAACGAUGAGAGCUCAGCACCAAGUCUGACGAUAGACCUGGGACACAGGGCCCGGGUCGUUGCUGUGGCAACACAAGGCCGAUACAACAGCAAUGAGUUUGUUAAAUCUUUUAAGUUAGCAUGCAGUAAUGAUGGUGAAAAAUGGAACUUUGUCCUAGAAAACCAAGCUGAAAAGACGUUCCAAGCUAAUACCAACAAUGAUGAUGUUAUAAAAAUAUCAUUACCAGAACCUGUGGAGGGCCGUUAUAUUCGCUUUUUGCCAACAAGUUAUAAUAACAUGAUUUCAAUGAGAGUAGAACUCUUUGGCUGUUUAAUGGAUGCACAAAGCGCAUCAUUUGAUGGAUCUAACUACCUCAGAUGGGAUCUUUAUUCCGAAAGUGAAAUGUUAAAUCUUGAGGAGGAGUUGAUUGAUAUACAGUUCCUAACAAUUGAGCCGACUGGGAUCAUUCUGUCAGCCGAUGGCACACAAGGAGAUUUCAUAAUGAUCACCAUGGAGGAUGGAAAAUUACACCUCUCUCUUAAUAUAGGUAGUAACCCGUUAUAUGCUGCAGGCACAUUGAACAUGGAAGUUGGAAGUUUGUUGGAUGAUGGUCAUUGGCAUAGCAUGAGAUACAUGAGAGUUAAUCAUGAUAUCACUCUUCGGCUUGAUGGUUUGAAGGUCAGAGGAAAGCUUUCCAGUGACUUUGCCAAACUAAAUCUAGACAGAGAGAUGACGGUUGGCGGUGCAUCAGACAGAGCCAAAGGUAGUCAUAGAAUCAAGCAGAACUUUAAAGGUUGUCUUCAGAAUGUUCGUAUCAGUAACACGGUGGACCCAAACCUCCUGGGUAUCUCCCUUGAUUUCAUAUCAGAGGUUGAGAUAGGAGGAAGGCGAGCAUUCUCAUCUGUUGGUGAAUUCUUUGCUGGCUGUAUCAGCGAAGAUACCACCUCGUUAACCUUCCCUACCGAGGAGUCCUAUCUCAAGUGGCCCGUUUCUACUUCCAGUAACAACUUCACGGUUCAUAUACGAUUCCGAACCUUUGACGAUGACUCACUGAUGCUGUACAAUGCACAGGGAUCUAACAACUAUAUUGGGUUAGGUGUGAGGGACUCUCGGUUUGUGGUCAUUAUAAAGAAUGGUCCUGAUGCUGUGGAUGUGCCAGCUGCCGUGUAUGUGAAUGAUGGACUGUGGCACAGGGUGAGGGUUGAAGUCGCUGGUGGUAAAGUCCACAUUACUGUAGAUGAAAACAAACAGUCAACUGCCUACAACACUGGCUUUGUUUCUACAUCCACAGAAUUUUAUAUUGGUGGGACUGUGUUGUCAAGAACAGAGACAGCAUACCUACCAGGAUUCCGUGGAUGCAUCAGUCAGAUUCAUCUCCUGGAUAAUGAUGUCAACAUCACUAGUCUAGAAUCAACUACCAUGCCACAAGGUGUUAUUAAGAAUGAUGUCCAGGUUGAUACCUGUGCACUCUUUGACUGGUGUAGUCCAAAUCCUUGUGAACAUGGUGGCAGCUGUUCUUCUGACUGGCACACCUUCAUCUGUGAUUGCCAUGGAACAGGAUAUACUGGAGCUGUUUGUCACACAAGUAGUAAUGAAGAGCUCUGUGUUAAUCAAUUCAUAUCGGGAGAAACACAGAUUGAUACAGACGGCAGUGGUCCCAUCAUGCCUCUAUCAGUACGCUGUACUAUUGAAGCUGAUGAUGUUGGUUCUGGUGUGUAUUACAAAUGGACUGAGAUCAGUCACAACAUGGACAAGGAAGAAAGGAUAGAAAUACCAAACGGAUUUGAAGCUGCUGGAUCUUUCAUGCAGAAGAUAGAAUAUGAUGCUACUAUGGAACAGAUUGAGCAUUUAAUUGAACAGUCAGAGGAAUGUGAACAGUUUCUCAGUUACCAGUGCACAAAUGCAAAGUUGCUCAAUUCGCCAAAUGGAUCUCCAUAUGGUUGGUGGGUUAAUAGAUAUGAUCAGAAGAUGGAGAGCUGGGGUGGUGCACCUGCUGGAACAGGGAGGUGUGCAUGUGGUAUUGGCAUGGUAUGUGCACCUGAUAAUUCCAAAUACUGUAACUGCGAUGCUGCAUCUACAAACAACGGUGUUGAUGAGGGCAAACUUACUGAGAAGAAGUAUCUACCUGUAACACAGCUAAGGUUUGGUGAUACUGGUGAUUCAGGAUCAUCUGCUUCAUACAAGCUUGGAAAGCUUAGAUGUCGAGGAGAUGUGAGUCUCACCAAUGUUGUAAGCUUUGUCAAACGAGAGGCUCAUCUAGCUGCCCACAUGAUGACCACCCCACAGGGUGCCUUAGACAUUGCCUUUGACUUCAAGACAACAGUAGAUCCAUCAGAUCCCAAUGAUCCAGCCACUGCUGCAGUCUUUGUUGCAGCUGAUGCAGAGAAAGAAGGGCUAAUUGAGGUCAAGUUGAUAAAUGCACGCACUGUGCAGCUCCAAUUUGAUUAUGGUGCAGACAUGAUGACAAUCAGUGUGACAGUACCCGACCCACUCAAUGAUGAUGAUUGGCAUUCUAUUGAAGCAAACUUUGAUCGCAAGGAGGUGUGGCUUAGGGUAGACAGAGAACCAGUGGAGAAGAUGAUCUUAGAACGCCCAGAGCUUAUACUGGAGCUCACUGGCCCAGUCUAUAUAGGUUCUUCAACGGUCCAAUCAGAUGGCUACGUAGGUUGUAUGCGUAAGAUGAGGAUAAACGGCCACCUGGUUGACAUGGCAACCAUGGCCGAGACUGCUAAAGAUGUUCAUGAAGGCUGUGUUGGUCAAUGUUCAACAGAACCAUGCCUGAAUGGAGGUACAUGUAUGGAGAAAUACGACACUGUAGAGUGUCAAUGUGACGAUACAGCUUUUGGCGGUACCUACUGUUCUGUGGAGGUUGGUGCCGAGGUGACAAAUGGAGCCAGUAUUUCCUACUCAUUACCAGAUGAACUGAAAUAUGCAGAAGAGAUGGAUACCAUCAGUCUGGCCUUCAAGACCGAACAACAAAGUGCGCAGAUCUUCAGGGUAGAGAACACUAAUGAUGGAAGCUAUAUUGAUCUAGGGCUUGAUGACUCAGGGCAUGCUGUGUUGAGAGUGAGGCUUGACAGUGGAAAUGAGGAGACCCUAAGAGAGAUGAAAGAUUUUGCUGACGAUAAAAACCACUUUGUUGAAAUCACCAGGAACAUGAAAGCAAUACGUUUUCAGGUUGAUGAUUAUGUUCCUCAGACCACGGAAGGCCAGGCCUUCACAGCGACAUCGUUUACUCCAGCAGAUAUAUUCAUUGGACACUGGGGUACCAGUGGGAAUAGCUUCAUUGGUUGUACUUGUAUAUCCCGAGUUCAAUUCAAUGGCAUCAAUCCACUCAAGCUGUACUUCAGUAACCCCCGACCUCAGGGAGUGAUAGGGUCAGGGUUAAUUAGCCAGUCAAGAUGCGGUAUAGAGGAAGAGAUACCCAUGUUCUUACCUACUGAGGAGUAUCCACCAACAGAACCACCCAAGGUCACUCAGUUUGUACCUUCAGGAGCUCCUGUCAGCUCAGAUCUAGCACCUGGAGAUAAAGCCGCCAUUGCAAUUGUGGUGAUCCUUCUUCUUCUUGCGUUGUGUCUUCUUCUCUUCCUCAUCGGUCGUUACACGUCACGUCAUAAAGGAAUGUAUUCAACCAAUGAAGAUAAAGGAGCUAAGAAUGCCCGCAAUGCUGAUGAUGCUGUGGCGUUACAAGGCUCAAAGAGAAGUAAAGAAUACUAUAUGUAGUCUCAUCACUUGUCAAUCAGACCUCGUGUUUUUAGGUUCAAUUUGGUUCCGGUGUUUGCAUAAUUGGAGGAAUGAUUAUUUUCAUUCUCCGUUUUAGAAGCAAUACAGUUUACUUUUUGCUCUUUCAAGAGGGUCAGUGCCAUUUGCUCCUGUGAUUAGUCAUCGGCAUCCCAUUGCAAACCUAAACUCUGUCAUUACCCUAAUCCUACUAGUAGCUUCCCUUAAAGUAUCAACUGUCUGAGACGAACAAAUCCCUCUAUUCCAAUCUCUCUUCUCCUCUCUUUUUGAUUUGUUUGUUCCUUGUAGAAGGGGCAGUCUUCCCCUUGCAUAUGAAUCCCAUGUCUUCAGAGAAAUUUAGACAGCAGUACUUGUAGGAGCAAAUGACAUGGCACCCUUUUACGAUAAAAAGAUGCCUAUGUUGAUUAUCAAUAAACUAUUCUUUCUAAAGACGAUCAGGUGAACAAUAUCAGAGUGAUGUCAAGUUAUCAUGAUUGCUAUGGAUUAGUAUUCUCAGGUAUUCCUAAUCAUGCCAUGUAGAUUUGAAAAGUAAUUGUUAUAUUGGAAAUAGAUGUACAUGUUUACAAUGUGCAAAGGCUUGCAUGGCAUUUGAAACCCUAAACAGCAGUAGAUAUCAGUUAGAGCAUCAUGAUACUGGUCACAUGUGUAUCUGUAAGUGUUCACUCAAACAUUAUAUGAAGACAUAGGUGAUGGGGUGAGGUUGUCUUUUACCUAAUGAUGAUAAGUUUUAAAGAUAAAUAAGAUCAGAAUAAAGAUUCAACUCAAAAUGUUUCUGAUGAUGUUCUGUUGAUUUAUUUUUUUUCUGUAGUAAAAGAAAACUUUAGAAUGUUUGUCAGUUUUCAUAUUCCUCAUAGCUAAAAAGUAUAUUGAUAAAAUAACAUUUUGUAUACGAUAAAAAGCCAACAUUGUACAAAUAAUACACACAUGGAGGGCAUUAGUAAAAAUUGCAUGCACAAAUUACCUUUGGAAAAGUUCUUACAUGGCAGAGGCAUAGCUGAAGGGAUUUGGACUGUUUCAAUGGUAAAAAAAAGUGUGGGUAAUUAUUAUAAUGCCCAGGCAAAAUGGUGUGCAUUAUUUGUUUUAUAGGAUAGUGAUAUGGAUUUUGUUAUUUCACAAACCAUCCUCAUCUAAAAUACAUGACUGGUCAUAAUACUCUACUCAUGACCCCUCAUCACUGCUCGCUUAUCUACAUGUAAGGCAGAAAAAGGCCAUGUGCACAUGUGCAAGCAAUCUAAAGGAUUGAAUGACUAAGUGAUCUUAAAAUGUUAGAUUGAUUUCAUACUAUUUGUAAAGAGGUGUGACAGUGAUAUAUAUGAGAUGUACAUAUUUGCAUUUGAUGCUUAGUUGGACUUCACUCUGUAUAUUCAGUGCAUUAUUUCUACUAAGUAUUUUGCACUUUGUUUUAUGUCAAGUAAAAUGACAGUUUUAUCACUGUAAUGGUAGUAUGAUAAUGUUUUUAGUUGUUGAAAUGUUAUAGAUCCUACACAGAAUGCCAUUGACAGUAACAAUGCCUAUUCUUGAAUAAUUUACUUUCCCUAGUUCUCAUGCAAGUAUCAUUUUCCUAUUAAAUUUGUGCAGAAGAUGUUAUAUUUAUCGGUUACUAUCAACUCCAUCAAAGAGUACUGAGAUACAGUUAUUUUAACUGUAGCUAAUAAGCUUAGCUAUUGAUCAAGUCUAAUCAUCAGUUUUCUAGUACAUACUGCCUGAGAAAUUCAUAUCAGCCCCCCCCCCCCCCCCCACCUUCUGUUUCUAUAUAUUGUAUUCAAUCUUUGCCUCAGUGAUAUGGUGCAAAUUAUAUUUAUUCAGAAUGAGGAUGACUGUACAUAAUUCAUGAAGAUUUAGUGUACAUAGCAGUUUUUUGCAAAUAUUAAUACAUUUUUUACAGUGAAAGAGUAUUGAUGAAAUAGUUAUUAAUGCUAUGUAAACUAUUUGUAUAUCUGGUUCAAGUUAUUUUAGAUUAAAAUAUGCAUUUUGUAUUUGUGACUGUAUUUGAAAUGAAUUUUAAGAAGCUGAAUGCAAGAUAUUGAUAUUGUUGAGCUGUGAUAGUAUUUUACCUCUUUAUAUAGCUGAAGUAAGCAAGUAUUUUGGCUGAAAUUUGUUCACCUACUCUGAAAAAGUUAGGAUUGAAAAAAAAUAGUUACUUGUUAAUGUUAUGCAUACUACAAUAAUGCUUUCAAGUUUGCUAUAGAUGUUUAUUGUAUUAAUUUAUUUGGCAAUUGAUUAUGUAAUGUCAACAACUGCAAAUAACAGGGAUAUUAUCAUUGCACAUGAUGAUAUCACUGAUGAAUAAUUAUAGCAAUGAUCUGUUAAUUUGUUACAUUGGACAUCCUGCACCCACCUGAUCGCAAACUAUACUUGCUAUUGUACCAGUGUGAAAGCAAAGUCAUUCUAAAAUCCAAGAAAGAAAAUUUGUGCAAAAUAUAAGAACUUUCUUUGGGAUUCCUUGAAGAUCAAGUGCAGAUUUGCAGUGUGAAAGCAAAUUACAAAAACUUUUGGUAUGAGGCAAGAAGAAUGCACGUCUUUUGAAAAGGAAUGCAAGAGUCUUGUUGAUUACCCUUGAAUAUUAGAAAUUGAUCUGAUUUAGGGAGAUGUGAAUGCAUGAGAUAGAUUAUCAGGUGUUUUGAGAUAUAACUUGAUUCUUAAAAUUAAUGUGUAUUUUUGUGAUCAGGCAGGUGUAAAAGCAUACCCAGGGUCAAGGGACCUUGAGCUUAUUUUGGAAAUCCCUACCAUGAUCAUGAGCACUCGGCUGGUGAGCCAUUUUAGCACAAAUGCUGUGCUUCACUCUAUAAAGCAUCAUUACAUUAGUUUUGUCUUGUAGAAAUGCAGUCAAAAGCACUUGUUGAAUGGCUCAUAGUGAUUUCCCUAUAAUCUGCAUUCAAUUAAAAAUCAUGAUUAUGUUGGAAACUUUGAACAUUAUAUCGAAAUUCUGGGAUUAUGAUGGAUAUUUUUCAUCAUAUUCUGCAAUCAUUACCAAAUUUAAUAAGGUAUUCAGUAGAGUAAAGUGAAUUGUGUACUGUGUUGUUUUCUUUAUAGCAACAUAUAUAUAAAGCAGAUCUUUACAUGUAAUAGAACUAGCCAACACCUUGAUAGAAAUUCAGAUAAAUUUCAAAAUUUUUAUAUAUAUGGUUUACUUGAAUACUCUUCUUUCAAUACUUACACAUUAACAAGUAUUUCAGCAUGCUCUCAUUUGUUUACUUCUUAGAUAUAUCUCUUUUCCAGAUGUAAAUCUUAUACCUUGGUCACAUUUGCUCUACGGCGAGUCAGAAACAGCCGUUUUAUUAAUUUUGAUUCAAACCACCUUUAUGUAGUUGAACAAAAAAAAUGUUAAAACGGCUGUUUUCAACUCACCGUACGGCCGCCGUAGAACAAAUGUGACCAUGGUAUAAGUAUGUCAGAAAAUAUAUGGGGUUUUAAAAUGAUGUUUCAUCUUCAUUUUUUAAUAAGGAAUAGAUAUUCUGCAAAUCUUUAUAUUCGGUUUUCAUUCUCUACCGAGCUAUAUUUCUUUAAUGUUCAAAUUAUUUGUUUUCAACAAUCAUUUGGUCAAUGCUGUCAUUAGGUUUUUUGAGGGGUAUUAAACUAUGUAAUGGAUAUUUCCAAGUGCUAUUCACAUUAUGUCAUGCUAAUAUUUCUUUCGAAAUGAAACUAGAGACUGAAAUAUGUUUUGCCAUUUUAUGAACAAUUGGUUUGCGCUUUCAAAAGAACAAUUUCUAUGCCUUAAUGCUAGUUUAUUUAUUUAUGGGCUGUUUUUCAUAACAUCUGUGCAAGUAUUUAUCAGAAGGUCCCAAUUUAUGUAUUUCAGAAGGUUCCAAGUUUAUAAUGAUUUUGCAAAAUUAAAAAAAAUCAUUGUAUUUUAUUUGUAGUCAGUCGGGAUAUUUGUGAAUUAUUUUGUCAGUUUAGAAAUUCAUUAUGAUCAAAUAGUACCAAAAAUAGUUUUGUAAAGCGAAUUUAUGUAUAACUACAGAAAUAUAAUGUGAGAUUCACUUGAUACUCCCCGUUUGGUUCUCAGUCGUUUGAAUGUUAUAAAAUCCGCUACUUAUUUUCCCCAAAAGUGCUAUUUAUUUCAUGAACAGCUUUACAAUAUCAAAUUGAGAUUGUACAUGGUCGGUAUUUAAUUCAUUAAAACAAUUGUACAAUACAUAAUACGUGCUGCUAGCCUUGCUAGAUUUUGUUUGUCACUCAAGUUACUUGCACUUAUCCUAUGUUCCCCAUUUUCUUCUGAAUUGGUUCAUCAUUAGUGGUAUGUUCUUUGUUAAAUGAAGGUGCCCUUUUACCAUGCAAAGUAAAGAGCUACUAAGGUUGCUCACAUUAAACCAGAGUGAUUGCAAAUUAGGAGUGACGGUGGAAUGAGUUGGCCCACCAACAGAACUUUGGAAAAGUCCAUUCUAAAUAUAAGUGGAUGGGUUGUGGUGUAAUUUAUAAUAAAUUCAGAAUAUCUACAAAUACACCAGAGUCGUUUAAAACAAAUGUUUGUUAUCAAUCACAAAAUAACAGUGUUAGAUCAUUGCACUGCGUGCUCAUUUUGGGUGAAAACAAUCUGCCAUUGCAGGAAGUGUUGUAAUGAAUCUUCCAAAAGACAACUUGAACUUACAAAAAUCAGAAGCAUGCAUUUUGAUAUGUUGACUUUUUUUUCUUCAUUUAAACACAAUUCUUUCAUCUCGGUCUAGAAAUUUCAAUUGUGAAUUAUCAUACAUUUUUGCUUUAAAGGGCUGAUAUAACAAUAUAAACGGGAUGAAAAAGUCUACUCCUUAUUUCGUAAGAUGAAAAAUUCUGCAAUAAUAAAGAUGCUUAUAUUGCAAUUUUUAAACAAAGGCUAUUUUAAUACAGGGUGAAGUAUAUAACAUGCAAUUUCAACAUAUUUCAAUAACAUUGAUUAAUUAUUACCAAAAUGUAUUGUAUUCUUAGAUGGACUUCUUGAUAUUUUUGUUAUAAUGAAUGUGGCACUUUUCUUUAGCCUCAUGAAUGUAAACACAUGUUUACAAACUGAUUUAUUUGUAUAUUUUGCAUUGAAUUUGUGUUUGUAUGUAUAUAAUUUUGUUAGUGUUGCAUCACAUAUUAUAGCCCUGUGAAGUUUACACCUCUGUGAAACCGUGUAUUGUAGAUAGACUCCACCAUGGCUUAUUGUCUAUUUUUGUAGAAUAAAAAAACAUUUCUACACUUGAAAGUGAUAAGAUAUUAUGUCAGACUUCCUGCCAUAUGCAUUGUUUUUCUUCUUUGCCAAAUUUCCAAAGUAUUCAAGAUGUGCUGGUCAUCAAUUGUAGAAAGAGAGAUUUACAUUGGCUUGGAUUUUGUGUGAUCUGUUUGAUUAAUAUAAAAAGGCCAAUAAAAAUGAACAAGGUACCCACUAUUGAUGUAGUCUGAAAUUCUAAGGUUCAAAAUAGAUUUCUUCCAUGACAGCAUGAUGUUACAAGUGUUUACUUAAAUUCCAAAUCUUUCUUACUAAAGCAACUGAUGAAAAUAUGUUAAAGAGUUUUAUUUGCUUUUAAACUUUUAUCCAAACGACAUGAAUUCUAUCAAGAAUCACAACUUAUUCAAUUUACCUGAAAAUUUUGGAUUUGAUUAAUGGACUUAUAUGGCUGGACUUUUAUUUACCCAUUUUUCAGAUGUUGAAGAUGUUAAUUCAAGGUCAACAACGAAUUGCACAAAAUAUUUGUAAGAUAUAUUGUGUUAUGCAACAUUUCAAGAGGAAAUUAUUUCUGUUCAUUUGUCAAAUGUAUAACAGUGAUUAACUUAAUGCUAUUGAUAUAUGUUUUUGCUGUGCCUAUAAUUUAACAAAUGGGUACAGAUCAAACUAAUAAAUGAGGGAUAGA